AUGACUACCGCUCCCACCAGUGUCGCUGCUGCCCCCAGCAAUGCCAACCACUACUUCAGCGAGGUGCACAAGACUCAGUCUACCGCAACAACCCCAGUCUCUACUCCUGGACUCAAGGCUGAGGAGUUUGAGAACAACACACGCAGACCUACUGCCCUGAGCACUGACUUCCCCAAGCCCAACGAGGAAGUCGAUGUUGAGACCAUGCUUGACCGCCAGCCCGGUCGCUGGACCAUCAAGGGACAGAUGGAGGCCAACCAGCGCCGUCAACAGAAGACCCUCAGCGACGAAGAGGCCAAGGCCCAGCGCCAGCGAGACUUUGAAAAGGCCAAGGAGGAACUUCGUGCCUCGCUCCGAAUUUAA